AUGGAAAUUAUACCAGUCGAAACUAAAAAACGAAUUCAUGAGUUUUCUUAUGCUCAAAAGGUGUCCAAUUAAAUUUCUCCUGAUAAGUCCCAUAUAAAACUUAAUGAAUCCUUAUUUAAAGCUCAAAUACUGGAAAAAUAAUCUUGCACAUUAAUCAGGAAUAUUUAAAAAGACCUUCUUAUGAAAAUCAAAAAAUACGAUUCCUUAUUGCAGAAAAACAACUUUUAAAAAAAUAUAUCAAGUUCCUAACCAACUUCCCCUCCAAUUAGGAAAAAUAAUGAAGAAAAUUAAGAACUUACUUAACUGUAAUAUCAAAUUAAACCAAAAGGGGAAAAACUUUUAACUGAAAUUGUUCAUAAAACCACUCAAAAUGAUCUUCGCCGAGAAUCCCUUCCUAUUAAAAAAUUAGAUGUUAAAUUAUCCUAUUUUUCAGAAGAAAAGCCUUUAUUUUCUGCUUAGGAUAUUUCUCCUAUCAAAUAAGAACAACACAGUAAUACACUUUGCUUAAGAAGAAACACUACUCAAAAUAUUACUACACCCCAAUAAAAAAAAUCAUCAGUCACAGAUGUUUUAGGUAGCUACGCAAAACUUCAUACAAGUAAAUCAGCAUCCAAAAAGAAGCCUAAUUUAAUCGAAUUUAAAAACUAAAUUUAAUGUACAAAAGAAACAAAAGAUAUAAAAUAAAAUGAUGUUAAAAAAAUUUAAUCAGGAAAUAAAAAACAGAGUGAAACUACAGAUUAUACAUUUAGACCGAAAAAAAAUGAAGUGCCAAUAGAUAAGUAAAAUAGAACAAGGAAGAAUUAAAAAUAAAAGUAGAGUAUUGAUCUCUGUGUCAAUACAGAUUUGAAGGAAAUUAUUCACAUUAUUAAUGACUUAGAUUUAUUUAAUAAUAGGUUAAAAAAGAAGUCAUGA